CAUCGAUCCGCCAAAGCCCCUUUCAAAGUUCAAACGGCUACAUCUCUUCCUCCCUGUCGAUCCUUCUCUUUGCUGGCAUCUCAUAAUUUCUCGGUAGUUGUCGGUGGAACCCUAAUAUACUCUCACACUCUCUGAUCACUAGUCUGAACAAGGUUUUUUGAAAGAUGAAGCGCGUUAUGCAACCAUUAAACCUUAGUUCGAUAAAGCAUAGUAAAUCUUCUAGUCGAAAACAGAAAUAUUCCAACGAAAAUGUUCCACCUCCAGACGUCAACGCCAUUCCAGAUUCAUUUCCGUCUCCAUCGUUUACAGGUAAACCAUCUCCCGCCGCUGCCAGUAAACUGAAAUCUCCACUCCCACCGAGACCUCCUCCCUCGAAUUCUCUCAAGCGGAAGCUUAGUAAUGAAUUGCCUCAGGAAAAUGGUGUUGCUGGAUCUUCGGAUACAGGAGUGAAGGUUAUUGUGCGAAUGAGGCCACCAAGCAAAAACGAAGAAGAGGGGGAAGUUAUAUUACAGAAGACAUCUGGCGAUUCUUUGUCCAUUCUAGGGCAAACAUUCACUUUUGAUUCUGUAGCUGAUGCAGCAUCAACUCAGGCAGAUAUAUUCCAGCUUGUAGGAGCUCCCCUUGUUGAAAAUUGUAUUGCUGGAUUCAAUAGCUCUGUGUUUGCAUAUGGGCAGACUGGGAGUGGAAAGACCUACACAAUAUGGGGGCCUUCCAAUGCAUUGUUGGAAGAUGAGUCAUCUAGUGAUCAACAAGGAUUGACACCCCGUGUUUUUGAAAGGCUAUUUCUUCGCAUAACUGAGGAACAAAAUAAACAUGCUGACAAGCAACUCAUGUAUCAAUGCCGCUGUUCUUUUCUUGAGAUCUAUAAUGAACAAAUUACUGAUUUGUUGGAUCCAGCUCAAAGAAACCUUCAAAUAAGAGAAGAUACUAAAACAGGUGUAUAUGUUGAAAAUUUAACAGAGGAGUCCGUUUGCAGUCUAAAAGAUGUGACAAAACUUCUGAAAAAGGGGUUGUCAAAUAGAAGGACAGGAGCUACAAGUAUAAAUAUGGAGAGUUCACGCUCUCACAGUGUAUUCACUUGUGUUGUUGAAUCACGAUGCAAGAGCAAAGAUGGCUUGAGUUCCCUCAAAACAAGUCGAAUAAAUCUUGUUGACCUUGCUGGAUCCGAGAGACAAAAGUCAACAGGUGCAGCAGGAGAACGCUUAAAAGAAGCUGGGAAUAUCAAUCGUUCACUUUCACAACUCGGAAACUUGAUUAACAUUCUAGCAGAGGUUUCCCAAACAGGAAAGCAAAGGCACAUUCCAUAUAGAGAUUCCAAGCUGACAUUUUUGUUGCAGGAAUCUCUUGGUGGAAAUGCAAAACUUGCCAUGGUCUGUGCCAUUUCACCUUCAGAAAGCUGUAAGAGUGAGACUUUUAGUACAUUGAGAUUUGCAAAACGUGCAAAAGCUAUCAAGAACAAGGCAGUUGUUAAUGAACAAAUGCAGGAGGAUGUGAACACACUACGUGAAGUGAUUCGACAACUAAAGGAUGAACUAAUACGCAUGAAGGAAAACAACAAUUCACCUGAUCCAAAUACAGGGUGGAAUGCACGUAGAAGUUUGAAUCUUCUGAAAUACAGCUUAAAUCGUCCUAUGAUGCUACCUCAUAUGGAAGAUGAUGAGGAUGAAGAAAUGGAAAUUGUUGAGGAAGCUGAACAAGUUCUUUUGGAAGCCACUGAAGCUUGCAAAAAUAUGGAAACAGAUGUCAAUAUGAAAGAUGAAAUAUCUGAACAUAAUCUAACAAUACUACAAUCUGAAGUAUCCCCAAUACUCAAGUCUCCAACUCCAAGUGUUUCACCAACAGUUAUUAGUAUCAGCAUGAAAAGUUUGAGGACUUCAUCAACACUGUCUGCUUCCCAAAAUGCCCUUGCAAACAAUAUUUCAGAAGCUAUCAUGCUUUCCCAUGGUCAAACUGAUCGUUUGACUGCGAGUCUGCAUCAUGGUCUUGAAGUAAUUGAUAAACAUAGAAAAAGUUCCCCUUUGGGGCGUUCAUCAUUCAGGUUUCCCUGUACACCAGUUAGAAAAGAUGUUGGUGUUCAAACUUUUUCUCUAGAGAACGUGUUAUCUAAAGAGAAAGAGAAAUCCAUGGAGUAUUUGUGCAACAAUUGCAAGAGUAAAACAUCUGAAUUAGUAGAAGAUAAAGAUACACAUGAACAUGAUACUUCAAAUCUGCAGUUGGUUCCUUUUGAUGGGUCACAAUUGGUUGAAAAAUCCAAGCAGCUAGUUCCAAAAGCAGUGGAAAAAGUCUUGGCUGGAGCUAUAAGGAGAGAAAUGGCUUUAGAAGUGUUUUGCACUAGACAACACAAUGAAAUUAUCCAACUUAAUCGUCUGGUGCAACAGUAUAAACAUGAACGUGAGUGCAAUUCGAUUAUUGGGCAACUGCAAGAAGACAAAAUCACCCGUCUUGAGAACUUAAUGGAUGGUGUUUUGUCUGCUGAGGAGUUUGUAAAUGAAGAAUUGACAUCUUUAGCAAAUGAACAUCAAAUUCUAAAGGAAAAAUACGAGAAUCAUCCGGAAACUUUAAGGAAAGAAAUCGAGUUGAAAAAAAUACAAGAUGAAUUGGAACGUUAUAGGAGCUUCUUUGAUAUGGGAGAGAGGGAUGUGUUAAUGGAAGAGAUACAAUAUUUAAGGAGUCAACUUCAAUCUUAUGUAGAUUCUUCACCAAAAUUGUCUAAAACACAAACUCCUGUUUUACAAAUAACAUAUCCAUCUGAAACCAACGAAUCCCCUUCUUUAUCCACAAUCCCAGAGUCAAUUGCUGAACAGAGAUUUGAAUCAGAGAGAAUCAGAUUCAACGAAGAAGAAAGCAAAUGGAUUUCUGUUACACAAGAGUUGAAAAGUCAACUAGAAGCCAACCGAUUGCUUGCUGAAAAGCAAAAACAAGAACUUGAAACAGAAAGAAAAUGUUCACAAGAGCUUAAAGAAGCAAUGCAAAUGGCAAUGGAGUGUCACGCAAGAAUGCUUGAACAAUAUGCUGAUUUAGAGGAUAAACAUAUGAACAUGCUUAUAAGGCAAGGUCAAAUUCAAGAUGGGAUUGAAGAUGUGAAAAAAGCAGCUACAAAAGCUGGAGUAAGGGGUAAUGGAUCGAAAUUUAUAAAUGCCCUUGCUGCUGAAAUUUCAACCUUAAAGGUGGAAAGAGAAAGGGAGAGAGGGCGUUUUAGGGAUGAAAUUAAAGGGCUUAAGGAACAAUUGAGAGAUACUGCUGAUGCUGUACAAGCUGCUGGUGAAUUACUUGUAAGACUCAAAGAAGCAGAAGAAGCUGUUGCUUUUGCAGAGACACGAGCUUUAGAUGCAGAACAAGAAACAGAGAAUGCUUACAGACAAAUUGAAAGGCUGAUGAAAAAACAGAAAAAAGAGACCUCAAUAUCAAUAUCAACAUCAACAUCAACAUCAACCCCAGUUUAUGAUAUGCCAAUAUAUGAUGUAGAAGAGUCAAACAACUAUGAUAAACAAGAGUUGACCAUGUUGCCACAACCAUCUUCAUGGUUCUCUGGAUACGAUAACUGUAACAUAUAGGUAUGCAAGUUUGUAGGCUGUUAUAAGUUAUGCUUUAUUUUAUAUAUAAUUACCAAAGCUUAUUACAAUAAUAAUA